AUGUUUGGUUUCAAACCGAAAACGUUAUUUGUGUUCGGAGACUCUUACGCAGACACCGGAAACACACCGGUCACAAUAAGCGCCUCGUGGAGGUUUCCCUACGGAAUCACUUUUCCGGGAAAGCCUGCCGGUCGGUUCAGUGAUGGUCGUGUCUCCACCGAUUAUCUCGAUUAUUCGUCGGCCGAUCUCAACUCUUCUGUCGCACUCUUCAGCAUCGUCGGCAACGACUACCUUACUUACGACAAAUUUAACGGUACACAACAGGGUCGCCCAGCAUUGAUAAGGAGAGUUGUGAAACAAAUUUUGUUGGAUGUUAAGCGAAUUAAAGACUUGGGAGUGAGGAAAGUGAUUGUGGCUUUGUCUCCGCCACAGAAAUGUGUGCCUCUGAUCGUCACUCCUAAAGGCUGCGACAUCAAUGACACGUCCACGAGCCUCCACAACAGUCUUCUACGUGCAGGACUGAUCAAAUUAAACGUCGAGAAGAAUGAUAAAAGCUUCCUCAUGUUUGAUCUCUAUAAUGCUUUCGUGACCAUAUUCAAAAACAAAGGAGUUCCAGGAGUUUCGACAUUUUCGGAACCAUUGAAGGCAUGUUGUGUUGGAACCAAACCAGGUAACUCUUGUGGAACUGUAGGCAAGAGAGGUGAAAAGUUGUUCAGUCUCUGCAAAGAUCCAAGCUCAUUUUUUUUCUGGGACGAUGUUCAUGUUAGUGAUCAAGGAUGGCGUUCUAUAUUUUCUGUUCUUAAUUUUACUUGA